GUGGGUAGGCAACGAGAGGGGCGUAGGGAUACGUCAGAGCUACACGUCGCUAGCAGGUGCACCGCACAGAGGGAGAUAAUUAUAAGACUGAUGGCGUAGUUUAUGGCGCUCCUCCGGUUCUAACGUUGGAAAACACACCCGAAACAAACCAGCACGUCUUGCUUCCGAUGCAGUAAUGUCACGAUCAAAUACCUGUUGACCUUCUUUCUCCUAAGUGACUGGGGCUUCAGUUGGACGCCAUUCACUCACUACUGUAUUCUACCAACAAAAUGUCAGGAACCUAUACUCCGGCCCCCGGUGGGCCCUUCUCUGCACUCACCCCCAGCAUGUGGCCUCAGGAUAUUUUGGCCAAGUGUCAUCAAAAAGACUCAGAACAACUGGAACAAUAUGAUGAGUUUGGUUUCAGAGUUGACACGGAAGACAACAAAGACUGCAGGUCCUGGCUGGGCACACAAGGCUCCCCCCAGCGUGAAGACCCCCAGCAGCGCUUGCGCUGGCAAGCCCACCUUGAGUUUACUCACAACCACACGGUGGGUGACCUGACCUGGGAGCUCAUCGAUCCCGUCCUUCCACGCUCUGACCGUCUGCGUGCUCUGGUCCUAGGGGGCAUUCCUCACAGCAUGAGGCCACAGCUAUGGAUGCGUUUGUCUGGUGCUCUGCAGAAGAAGAGGACAUCUGAGAUUUCCUACAGAGAAAUGAUUAAGAACAGCUCUAAUGAUGACAGCAUCACAUCUAAACAGAUUGAGAAAGACCUGUUACGGACGAUGCCGACCAAUGCAUGUUUCAGUAGUCUCACGAGUGUUGGAGUGCCGAGGCUGAGACGGGUGCUGAGAGGCCUCGCCUGGCUCUACCCAGACAUUGGGUACUGUCAGGGUACUGGCAUGGUGGUGUCUUGUCUGCUGCUUUUCCUUGAGGAGGAGGAUGUCUUGUGGAUGAUGUGUGCACUGAUUGAAGACCUCCUUCCUCCGUCCUACUUCUCCUCCACGCUGCUGGGAGUUCAAACUGACCAAAGGGUUCUCCGCCAGCUUAUUGUUCAGUACCUGCCAGCCCUGGACCGCCUCCUGCAAGAGCAUGACAUAGAGCUGUCGUUGAUCACUCUGCACUGGUUCCUGACAUCAUUUGCAAGUGUGGUGGACAUCCGACUGCUUCUUAGGAUUUGGGACCUGCUCUUCUACCAGGGCUCGUUAAUACUUUUCCAGGUCACUCUGGGCAUGCUCAAGAUCAAGGAGGAAGAACUUGUGUCGUCAGAGAACUCCGCGUCCAUUUUUAAUACCCUAUCUGACUUACCGAGUCAGCUGAGAGAUGGCCCAGCUGUUCUUGGCGAGGCUAUGAGGCUGGCGGGGACACUAUCGCAGGACACUUUGGAAGCUCAUCGACACAAGCAUCUAGCCUACAUCCUGAAUGAACAAGCACAGUUUAGCAAUGGAAAUAACGCAACACUUAACACAAACUUCAACAAGGUGGUAAGGAGACAGUCUCUGCGCAGGAAGUCCACCCUGAGCUCCCUGCUCUUUGGGGAAGAUGAGGCAGAGUCCCUCAAAUCCAAAAAUAUUAAGCAAACAGAGCUGGUAGCUGCCCUGCGAGAGGCCAUAGCGCACACUGCAGAUCACUUUCACUGUUUGGACCCACGCCAGUCCAGCACCGACCUGACUCCUGACUAUUCAAUGGAGAGCCACCAGCGAGACCAUGAAAACUUUCUUGUUGUCUCCCGCAAUCGACGGAGACGUGCAAAAGCUUUACUUGACUUUGAGCGACAUGAUGACGACGAACUAGGCUUCAGGAAGAAUGACAUCAUCACUAUUGUCUCGCAAAAAGAUGAACAUUGUUGGGUGGGAGAGCUCAAUGGCCUUAGAGGUUGGUUUCCAGCAAAGUUUGUGGAGAUCUUGGAUGAAAGAAGCAAAGAGUACUCAUUAGCAGGCGAUGACUCUGUGACGGAGGCGGUGACAGAUCUGGCCAGGGGCACACUGUGUCCAGCCCUAAAGGCUAUCUUUCAACAUGGUCUCAAGAAGACUUCUAUACUGGGAGGGCCCUGCCACCCAUGGUUAUUUAUAGAGGAGGCGGCCAGUAGAGAGGUAGAACGGGACUUCAACUCUGUCUACUCCAGAUUAGUGUUGUGUAAAACCUACAGGUUAGACGAAGACGGGAAAGUACUGACACCAGAGGAGCUGUUAUACAGAGCAGUGCAGUCAGUGAACAUGAGCCACGACUCGGCACACGCCCAGAUGGACGUCAAGUUCAGGUCUCUUGUGUGCGUUGGUCUCAAUGAGCAGGUGCUCCACCUGUGGUUGGAGGUGUUGUGUUCUAGCAUAGCUGCGGUAGAAAAAUGGUAUCAUCCUUGGUCGUUCCUUCGCAGCCCUGGGUGGGUACAGAUCAAGUGUGAGCUCAGGGUCCUUUCAAAGUUUGCCUUCAGUCUUUCCCAAGAUUGUGAGCUACCUGACAAGAAGGAGGAGAAGGAGCAGAGACCACUGAAAGAGGGAGUGCAGGACAUGUUGGUCAAACACCACCUCUUCAGCUGGGACAUCGACGGUUAGAGGCUCAGCCACGGCUCAAUCUCUCCUCUGCAGUGUCUGUGUAUAUUUAAUGUUGCUUCAUAUUUUUCUUCCAGUCACAAACCUUUUUUUUCUGUUAGUAGGUGACUACUCCACACUGUCUGUCAUAGUUCAGCAUCAGCCGUGGUAAUGCUGUUAUGAUGACUCUGAAACUUCCACAUUGGCAUAGAUUGAGUGACCUGUGUAAGAGCCAUGUGUGCAAUAAGGUGCAUACAUGACUUAUUCACAUCCAGUAUGAAAUUUCACUUCGUUGUAUACUAUAUAGUACAGAAUUCUCUGUACACAUUGGAAGCUAAAGUAUUUCCUAAAUGUUCGGCUUUUUAAAGCUGAGUGUGUUUCGUGUAGGAGUGAGGCAUACGGUCCAAAUGGAAUGUUGAUCAUCACAACAAACAAGGCUUUUUUGACAUGAUGCUGAAUUCCCCACGAUGCUGUAACUUCCAAAAUAUGACCAAAAGAGAACAUUCCUUCAAAUGGAGCUGUACAUUUAAAAUAUAUUAUAUUAUUAAUUAAUAUUUUUGAAAGGACUGCUGCAUACCUCAAUAUCAUAAAUUCAAGUAACUAUUAUGAAAUCCUAAUGUUGCACAUGCCAAGCAAAGCCUUUUUGAAUUGUAGUAGAUCAUGGUUGUGUGUGCGUGUGCGCUACCUUGACAGUGGUAGUAGGCAGUCUGCCCUUGUAUGACAUGUACAUGAAGCAGAUAAUAAGUUUGUUACAAUCUGCAGUAAAUAAAUGUUACAUAUCUACAUUUAACAUUUGUUGUUUGCCUGUUUAAAAUGUAAAACGUAUUUUUUAAAUAAUAAGCCGAUAAUAAGCCAAA